UUGCCAUUGAGUCUCGGGACCUUGUCGCGAUCGGACGUACAGCGGAAUUCUUCGGGAGUUUUUUUCCGUGCGUUAUGCCCAAUUAGUUUAUGGUGGAUAUAAAGUGUGAGCUCGUACGAUCAUGGAGCUGAAUAAUGUUACCGUCGAGGACGGCAAUGAUGCGUCCAAGUCCCACGCUCCAGCCGCAAACACGCCUUCGAACAAUGAGAAACCCAAGCCGCAACUGCUCUACGCCAUCAACGACAAUCCCCCGUGGUACCUGAGCAUCUUCCUGGCAUUCCAGCACUACCUGACCAUGAUUGGCGCCAUCGUCUCAAUACCCUUCAUCCUGACGCCCGCUCUGUGCAUGUCGGAUGAGGAUGCGAAUCGGGGCAUCAUCAUCUCCACCAUGAUCUUCGUCACGGGCAUCGUUACCUAUUUCCAGGCCACGUGGGGCGUUCGGUUGCCCAUUGUCCAGGGCGGCACCAUUUCGUUUCUGGUUCCCACUCUAGCCAUAUUGUCCCUGCCCCAGUGGAAGUGUCCGGAGCAAUCCGUGAUGGACGCCAUGGAGGACGAGGAGCGGGAGGAACUGUGGAAGGUGCGGAUGCGGGAGUUGUCCGGCGCCAUUGCCGUGUCCGCCUUGGUGCAAGUGGUCCUGGGCUACACCGGUCUGGUGGGAAAGAUCCUCAAGUACGUCACCCCGUUGACCAUUGUACCAACCGUAUCUCUGGUGGGUCUCACUCUGUUCGAGCACGCAGCCAAUACGGCUUCCAAGCACUGGGGAAUUGCCGUCGGCACCACUGCAAUGUUGACGCUCUUUUCGCAAAUUAUGUCGAAUGUUCCGGUUCCCGUUUUGGCCUACCGCAAAGGUCACGGAUUGGAGGUGCGCAAGUUCCUGUUGUUCCGCCUCUUCCCCGUCCUGCUGACCAUCAUGAUAAUGUGGGGACUGUGCGGCAUCUUGACCGCCACUAAUGUGUUCCCUCCAUCGCAUCCUUCUCGCACGGAUGUGCGCCUGAAUGUCCUGACGAGUGCGAAGUGGUUCUACGUUCCGUAUCCGGGACAGUUUGGCUGGCCCUCGGUUACGCUUUCCGGAGUGCUGGGCAUGUUGGCUGGUGUACUGGCCUGCACGGUGGAGUCGCUGAGUUACUAUCCCACGGUGUCCCAGAUGUCCGGCGCCCACUCUCCUCCACUGCAUGCCAUCAACCGAGGUGUUGGCACCGAAGGAUUGGGCACUGUACUGGCCGGACUUUGGGGAGCAGGAAACGGAACCAAUACUUUUGGCGAGAACGUUGGCGCCAUCGGAGUAACCAAGAUUGGAUCGCGUCGUGUGAUUCAGUGGGCCUCCUUUAUCAUGGUGCUCCAGGGAGUGAUUGGCAAGUUUGGAGCUAUUUUCAUCCUCAUUCCCGAUUCGGUCGUGGGUGGAAUAUUCUGCGUGAUGUUCGGCAUGAUCAUAGCCUUUGGGUUAUCUACCCUGCAGUAUGUGGAUCUGCGAUCAGCGAGGAAUCUCUAUAUCUUGGGUCUGUCUAUAUUUUUCCCAAUGGUGCUGUGCCGCUGGAUGCAAAUGAAUCCCGGAACAAUUGACACCGGUAACAAGACCGUGGACUCCACAUUGUCAGUGCUGCUGGGCACCACAAUUCUGGUGGGAGGUUUCCUGGGAUGCUUCCUGGACAAUCUGAUUCCGGGAACGCCGGAGGAGCGCGGUCUGAUCGAAUGGGCCAAUGAGAUGCCGCUGGGCGAUGAUAAUAUCAACGACGGCACCGCCACCGAUUACGAUUUUCCGUAUGGCAUGGAUACCAUUCGGAGAUGGAAGUGGACCUACUACGUCCCCUUCAUGCCCACCUACAAACUCCAGAAGCAGAGCUGAUCACGGAGUGCCAUUCAUUAAUCGGAUUAUUAAAAUUACCGCCGUGGGAUCACAAAUGCAAAUAACAAGCAUUCAAUUGGUGAUUCGUUUUUUAUUUAUUUUUAGAAAACGCUUUCGUACUCACGCUCUAAUUACAAUUUGAACUUCCAAUUCGGUAUCUACCCAAAACUCUAGAUCAAUUACUUAUUAUUUUUGUUCCGUUUUUUCUUAAUUUGCUUUUUAAAUUCGCUUAUUGUUUGUUGCUACUUUUGCCUAACCCUCUUCCGUUUCGCUCACAAUUCGCAUAUUUUCUAUUAUUUUGCAAUAACAUCAAUAGACCUAGCAAACGAAAUAGUGGUCACUAUUAUAUUAAACUCUAUUCAAAUCUCGAAAACAAUCCAUCGUCAGUUCUGUUUAAUGCAAAAAAACUGUUUUAAAAAUUAUUUCAUAGAAAUUUUAACGCAUUUUCGGCGCGAGGUUUCCUCACAAAAAUAGCAUAGAAAAUACAUAUACAUAUAUUGUGAAACA